AUGGCGCGGCCGCUGAGUCUGUGGCUGUGGCUGCUGCUGCUGCUGCUGCCGGUGCCUCUGCUUGUCAGUGCGUCGGACGCCGACCCCAGGGACCAGGACGACUGUGCGCCGGUGUCCCCGGAACAGCACCCCUGCUACGAGGUGACCGGUCUGCGCCAGUCGCCCAUCUCCAUCGACGCGUGCGCCGCCUCGGUGUCCGUUCACCAGCCGCUGCGGAUCACCCAGCUGGACCGGGUACCGCGGCGGAUGACGCUGGAGAACGCCGACGGCCUGGUGCUGGGUGAGACGCGCUGGUACCCUGACCAGCAGCCGACCGUCAGCGGCGGCCAGCUCCGCGGACAGUUCGCCCUCGAGCUGCUGGAGCUGCACUGGGGCGCCAACAGCUCCUCCGGCUCCGAGCACCGCGUGAACGGGCGCCGGUACGCCGGCGAGCUGCACCUCGGCUUCAGGAACGUCAAGUACGCCACGCUGGAGGAGGCGCUGCAGAACGUGGACGGCCUCCUCGGCCUGGCCGUGCUGCUGGACGAGGACGCGCGCAGUCCGGGCCGCGGCAUCACGGCGCUGGCGGCCGGCCUGUUCGAGCUGGGCCGGGCGCCGAGCCGGGCCGAGCUGCGCGCGCCGCCCACCCUGCGCGAGCUGCUGCCCGACGACCUGUACCGGUACGUGCAGUACUCGGGCUCGGCCACCUCGGGCGACUGCCUCGAGACCACCACGUGGCUGGUGUUCCUGACGCCCGUCCGCGUGCUGCCGAUCGAGCUGGAGGUGCUGCGGAACCUGAGGGACGCCGAGGGGCGCCGGCUGUGCAGCAGCGCCGGCCGGCCGUUGCAGCCGCUCAGCGGCCGGACCCUGAUCAGGAAGGGACGCGCCGCCGGCUGUGACAACAAGUAG